AUGAAUUCGCAAGUGACCGACCAGGUCGAUGUGUCAGAUGAAGGUGCGGUCGCAGUGAGAAAAGGUCCAUGCUCCUUUGUAUGUCUUCAUCCGAGGUGGUGUUGAUGGCGCAGUCGUCGGCGAAGGGAAGUCCGUGCACAGUGGUUGUGGAUACGUGCAACUGGAAGUGCAUCCGCCGUUGAUUGAGGAGGUGAUAGUCCGUCCUGUAGGCGAUGCGGAUCCUGGGGCGUUCGUCACGGUAGGCGCACAUCAGCGUGGCAGAGAACAUAAGGCCGAAGAGGGUGGACACCAGGACGCACCCCUGUUUCACUACGCUGGUCACCGCGAAUGCUCCGUUUUCCGUGAUGCGCGCCAUCAUGCCGCCGUGGGGCUGACGCGUCUUCUGGGUGCAUCGCUCGAGACAGUCGGAUUUCUGCAUGAUCUUCCUCAGUCCUUCAAGAUUCACCGUGACGAAGGCUUUUGUCAUAUUAACGAGGGUAGAGUACAUGCGAGUCCGCAUCUCCUGGCACUUAUCUUGAAGUUGACGGGCGGCGAAUACCAUGUCUAUGGUCCCGCGAUGGCGGCAGAGGCCGCACUGUCUUUCCGGAAGAAGACCCUGUUCUAG